AUGCAUAGUGAGGUCAAAGAAUUUGCCCAAAGUCGCAAGGACAGAGUUAGAGAUCACUACUCAAAGCAUAAGGCCUCUACAAAGGUGUUUGAUAUAAAGGCUUGGGCUGAGUAUGUUGUGGAAUGGACUGCAAAGGACCCAUAUGGCUUCCUUACAACAGUUAUUCUGGCCCUAACUCCAUUGUUUCUAGCAAGUGCUGUACUGUCUUGGAAAUUGGCCAAGAUGAUCGAGGCCAGGGAAAAGGAGCAAAAGAAGAAACAAAAACGUCAAGAAAAUAUUGCAAAAGCUAAACGACUAAAAAAGGAUUGAAGGAAUGAACAGGCUCUGCAACCAGAGGAAAAUCAUCUGGAAAAUUAUGCAGCUUUGGAAGGACCCAUUAAGGUUUCUUUUCAGAUCUUGUGACAGUAUGAUUUAGUAAACGAAGUCUGAGCAUGUGAAAGAAUCAUGUUAGUUCUCACCUGUAUUAUAGCAACUUUUAGGCUUCGGUGUAGAAGUCUGUUGACAGUUACUGUAAAUUGGCAUUUAUUAUGCUACAGAUUCUUUAUAACUGACUUAGUCAUUUGCCUUUUUGCAGCAUAUGUACUAAAGUGAAAACAUCCUGUGGAGAAAAAUGGCUUUAGAUUAUGGACUCUAUUCAAAUAAUGGCUUAAAAUGGGGUCCUGUUCUGGACAAAGGAGAUUAAGAAUGUAAAAAUCAGAAUUGUCCUGAGGUGAAAAGCAUGCUUUGGCUUAAAAGAGAUACAGUGUGUUAAUCACAUCUUUUAUCAUUAUUACUUAUUUCUUGAAAUAGAAUCAUUUCUGGCUUCCUCAAAGCAAAGUAUUAUUCAACGAGUACUUCUAUUUUCUGUAUUUUUCUCAUUUUAGCUUUUGAGAUACUGGUAAUUACCAGACAUUCUGCAUUUUUAAAAAUCUAAUUUUAUAAAGAAUUCUCUUGUUAUCUUGACCAUGUAGAAUACCACUUACUGGAUAAAACAAUUUUUGUACUUAUGAACACUGCCAUUUUCUUAGAGAUGACUUGAGUAGAUCAACACUAUGAUUUAAAGCUUGGAGUAAAAAUGCCAAACCUUGUAGUACCUUGGAACCAGUUAAUUCUCACUUGUGCUAUAAGUAGAAAUGUGAAGUAGUUAAAAUGUCUUAUCAAAUAAUUUGCUGAUUAUAUAAUACCACUUUUGUUUUUCAUUCCAUUCUUUUAAUUCAUGUGGUAGUGAUGUCCUUUACUUUUUUGAUCAAACAGGUUCAUGGUGAAAAUUAAAAUUCAAAUCUCUUUUAAGGAACUUUUAAAGAGUAACAGUUAAGUCAUAUUUCAUAAAUGGUAAAGAAAGGCUUAACAGUUGGAAAAAGUUUGUUUAGCAUAGUAUUAGUUGGGUGAAAAAGGUGUAAAUCAUGUCAAAAUUAGAAUGUGUUAUAGUUAGAAAUAAAGGGUUGAAGGAUAUUUCCUUCAGUUAAGUAGUAUAACUGGAACUUUUUACUCUUUAACAUGGCUUUUAUAAAUGCAUGGUUAAUAAUUUUGUUGUCAGUAAUUAAUAGCUUAUUAAUGUUU